AUGGCUGCGGAAUCCGAGAGGCCGCCUUACUCCAACGGUGACUCUGGUCGAACCAGAGGGUCCAGAGAUGCGGAGAUGGUCUCCGAUCUCCCGCAUCGGUCGGUCAGGGAGGACAUGACAGAGUUACCUCGCCUGACCAUGAAACCCCAGGGCCAGUCUAUGUCCCAGGUUCCUAAGCUCACUUCCAGCAUUUCAAAUUCUUUCUCGACCUCUACGACCAAUUCCGCCGUCUCUUCCCGCGAAUCCUCCCCGGUCCGAACCUCCUCACGCACAAUCAAUUCGUCAGUGACCAAUCGAGGGCAUUCUCAAUCUCGACGAAGCAGCCAAGACCGAAGCAGCCCGACCCGAUCAUCCUACAACAGCAACUCGUCGACUACACCUACACAAUCUUACCACUCGCCUAGCCAGCGUGUGUCGGCACAGCUUAGCAAUCCACCUAUCUUUUCACCUCUUCCGGCCUUCGACCCUCCGGCCAAUGUCCCCACUCCCGAAAAGCCUAAUAUGCCAUCAUGGGCGGGUAAUCGUCGUGCAGAACAUGAGUCAACUCCUCCGAAUACCUCUCACAAGAGAAUCGCCUUGCCGGCCCCUGAGGAACAUGGAAUGGUGGAGCGAAGCAGCCCUCGGGUGCUCACUAGGAGUGUCGGCGGACAAGGUCCCUCCCUGGAGACGGUGGAGGAGAUGGCCAGCAAUCCAUCGACACCUUCAAGUGAUACGGCUCUUAAACCCGUGACCCCGGAGGACUCCAGGCUACACACCAUUGACGAGGACCCAACGCCUCGAGCCUUAAAACAGAGUAUUGAGAGUGGGAGUGACAGUGGUGGUAACCGGAGCUCAGAGACAACCGAAGAGGGGCGUUCUCAAGCUACUGGAGGGUCUAAGAUUACGAAAACACUCGUGCCGCAACGAUCAACUACAUCGCUCAGUGCUGGUGCUCGUGGGAAGCCUGCGGAUGGCUCAGUGCGCAACAUGAUUGUGGAGACGGAGACUGUCAGUUCAAUACCCCAGGUUUCCUUGGGGGUAGGGGCUGGCGAACGUGGAAAUGCCGGCCGCUCUGAUCAAGGCACUUUGAAGAACAAGAAAUCGACGGAUACUGUCAGGGCGCCAGUGGCUCGCAGCAACCCCCAGAAGAGAAAGCGAAGGCACAACGCCAUUCCAACCGGUCCCACAUCAAGCAAGGCGGACAUAUUUGAGGCCAAGGUUGCUAGUGCAGUUGAUGAGGCAGAUGUCUCUGAUUCUGAUGAGACAUUUGUCUAUGAAUCGAACCCGAUCGAUUAUCCUCCACGACGAUACCACUCUCGGACACCAAGCGCAACCUCGAUGGCGAGCCAGGUAGAUCAGCUGGCUGGCCGUAGCCGCCUGCGGGAUGGCACACAUAGCGUGACUGGAAAGCGCAGCAUGAAGUUUACCAAUAACACGUAUAACAGCAGCGUGGAUGGUGAGGCGAUCGAGGCUGACGGUCGGAGCGCCUCAAGGGUUGAUGGCACUGGAACAAUCACUCCGCGACACCAUAUUGCGCACCGUAACCGCAAUGGAGAUCACAGGUCCAUCUUUGAUAGUGAUGGUCCCUUUACUCAACCUCAAGGUCAAAAGUCCCCCCGGCACUUUAUUGGUGGACAGCGUCAUUCACGGAACACCAACACUCGCUCGUCGCCGAACUACAAGACCAUCAGUGGCUCCAAGAAAGCGGGCGAUGUUUACGGAUAUGACUUUGACGCAGAAGGUGCCGAUGAUGAACGUACGCCUUUGGUUCGUCCACCACGCAGUAGCCGCGGCGAACGCAGCGGUCGACGACCCGGUGGUAGCUCCAGGCAAAUCGAGUACAUUGCUCAACGGGAACGUGGUUACUUUUCACAGCUUGGUUCUUGUAUCGUGAUUAUCAUGCUAUUACUCGUCAUUGCCGGUGGUGCCGCAUCGUUCUUCAUCGCUGCUACCAAACAACUUUUGGAUGUCCAAGUUGUCGCCAUUCAAAACGUUCUCGCAUCGGAACAAGAAAUUAUGUUGGAUCUGAACGUGUCGGCAGUCAACCCGAACAUCUUCCCCGUGACGAUUGAUGUCGCCGAACUCAACAUCUUUGCCAGAAGUCAACAUGUUGGCACCGACAAAUUCUGGCGCGAGCAUGGAUCGGACGACCUCGGUCAUUUCCCCCGGGUCAAACAAAGCCGACGCCGCUGGCAAUUAUCCCAGAUUGUUCGAUGCCUUGGGAACAUGGAAUGCGUACAGGCGGCUGAGUCUGGCAUUUCUUUGUCGAAAUCAAAAUUAAAAUCACCAGAGCACAGUGAAGAUGGUGUCGACAGGGGCACCGAUCCUAUCAAUGACCCGAGUGAUUACCAGACCAUGUUGCUUGGACGAGUCAUGCUCUUCGAUUCGCCGCUUUCAUUUCCUGCAUCCCCCUGGGGUUACGAGAAAACUACAUCGAAAGGACAGAUCCGUCUACCACAGCCAGGAAACAAAACCGAAGAGGGUGGCACCGAGCGUUGGGAGCGAGUUCUUCAGCAUCCAUUCGAGCUGAUUGUUCGGGGUGUUAUCAAAUACCAAAUUCCGCUCAGCUCGCGCUACCACUCGGCGCCCAUCAGCUCAAGUAUCAAGUAUGUGCCUGACGACGAAAGUCAUGAACCAACAACACCCCCGAGCAAUGAAACUGCUCAAAUCAACAACGAAACACUCACCAUCCCUGUCGGCCUUGCGGACCUUGAUCCCCAACCCGAAAGUCGGACAGGGGUAUCUAAACGACAGUUUACGGCAUGA